AAUAAUUUCUCCCCGUUGUCCUAUGUUGUCCUAACUCCGCAAGAAAGAAGCAAAAACCGUUUCUUUUUCAUGAGAAAUGAAAAAAAGGUUGUUGCUUUCUUCAGUCAGAAGGAUAACUACUUAUGCUACAGAGCACAUGCCCUUAUGCCCACCAAAUGUUUCUGCAGAAUCAGACACCGACCCUCGUUCAGAUGUCUACUUCAAGAAUCUCUCCAUCGACGGUUUCAUCAGGGCAGGGAACCUGAGAUCUGCUCUGACCCUGUUUGACAAAAUGCCGAGCAGAGAUGUCGUCACGUACAACUUGCUGAUUUCCGGGCAGGCGCAGCAUGGACACGCGGGAGAGGCCCUUCAGUUAUACUCCAAUAUGGUGUCUGAUGGAAUUAGAGAAAGCCCGCGAACGUUCUCUUCCGUAUUGAGUAUUUGCAGAAGAGAGGCUUUCUUCGGCGAAGGAAUGCAGGUUCAGUGCAGGGUUAUUUCUCUUGGACUGUCUUCAAAUUCUUAUAUAGGCAGCUCCCUUAUUGAUCUUUAUAUGCACAUGGGCUUCACUCACUUGGCGCUGGUUCUGUUUGAUGAGCUGGCUGAUCGGAGUCUCGCCACGUGGAAUCUGGUAUUACGUGGACUGUGCGAAGUGCACCUGACAGAAGAGGCCCUGAGCUUGUUUGGUGAGAUGAAGUCUGGUGGCUUCGAGCCAAAUGGGCUUAGUUUUUGCUAUUUGAUUGGUGGUUGUGGUAAAGAGAUGCUUUUAGAUGAAGGAAAGCAGCUGCAUUGUCAUGUCAUCAAGGCAGGGUGGGAAAAAUCUAAUAUGUUUGUGGACAAUUCUUUGGUGGACUUAUACUCGGCCUGCCGGAGUUUAAUUGACGCAAGGCAGUCAUUUCAUUCUAUUCCAGCAGAGGAUGUCAUCUCAUGGAAUUCCAUCAUUUGGGUCUGUUCUGUCUGUGGGUUGUUAUCUGAUGCCCGUGAGCUGUUCUCGAGAAUGCAGUUCUGGGGGAGGAGGCCUUCUGUUAGGUCCCUUGUUGGGUUCUUGAACGCAUCAAGUAAAGCGCGGAACAUUCAGCUUGGGAAGCAGGUCCACUGCUAUGUCAUGAAGUCGGGUUUCGAUCAGAACAAUGUUCAUGUUCAAUCUGCUGUUAUAGAUAUGUAUGGGAAAUGUGGUGAAAUAGAACUCUCAUUUGCUUUUCUUGAUGGCCUUCCUGAGAGGAGUUUGGAAUGUUAUAAUUCCUUCAUGACAGCUUUAUUACGAUGUGGCAUCACAGGGGAUGUAAUUGAAUUGUUUGGAUUGAUGGUCGAUGAGGGUGUCGGUUUUGAUGAAGUGACACUGUCAGCUUCCUUAAAAGCACUAGCGAUUUCUCCAUCAGGAAGUCUAUUAAGCUGCAGAUUGCUGCACAGUUGUAUAAUAAAAUCGGGUUUUGAGUCCGAUCUUGCAGUUUCUUCCUCCAUGAUAGAUGCGUAUUCAAAAUUCGGUCAAAUUGAUCUAUCGACUCGUGUUUUCUACAACCUCUCUUCCCUGAACUGUAUUUGUUUCACUUCAAUCAUCAGCGCUUAUGCCCGAAAUGGAAGAGGAAGAGAAAGCAUCAGAAUGCUUGAACGGAUGGUGGAGAUGGGCCUAAAGCCUGAUGAAGUGACCUUCCUGUCCGCGUUAAAUGGGUGCAACCACUCAGGAUUGGUUGAAGAAGGCUGGUCACUUUUCCAUAGCAUGAAACAUCAUUUCGGGGUUCCCCCUGAUCGGCGCCAUUAUUCUUGCAUGGUUGAUCUUCUGGGGCGAGCAGGAAUGGUUUCUGAAGCCGAAGAGCUUCUCCUCUGGGCUCCAGAAGAGGCUGAUUCUGUGGCAUGGAGCUCCCUGUUGAGGAGCUGUCGGAUUCACAGGAAUGAGACUGUGGCGAGGAGAGCUGCUGGGAAGUUGAUGGAGUUGGAAUCCGAGGACCCCGCAGUCAGCCAUCAAGUUUCUAACUUCUUUGCUGAAAUCGGGGAGUUUGAGAUGUCUACGCAUACUAGGCAAGUUAACAUGGCACGAAAGUACAUGGACGGGCAGAGUACUCUGAGGAUGAUAAACUGAGGAUCGUUGAAGACCUUGUAAGCUGGGACGUGGAAGAUGAAUAUGAAGCGGAAGAUUCUGCAAACACCUUCUGGGAUAGUGAACGCAGCGCUAAGGUUCUCGUGAAUUUGGACAGUUUCGGGGCAGCUGGUGAUGGAAUAUCUGAUGAUACAGAGGCCUUUCUAAAAGCUUGGAAAACAGCCUGCUCUACAUCAAACUCUGUCUUCUUGGUUCCUCCAGGACGUCGUUAUCUAGUGAAUGCAACACGAUUUAAGGGACCCUGUGCAGACAAUUUAAUUAUCCAGAUUGAUGGAACUAUUGUAGCACCAGAUGAGCCCAGUAACUGGGAUCCGCAGCUUCCACGGAUCUGGCUCGAUUUUUCUAAACUGAAUGGAGUCAUAUUCCAAGGUAAUGGGGUAAUUGACGGAUCAGGCGGCAAGUGGUGGGCUUCAUCUUGCAAAAAGAACAAAACAAAUCCUUGCAGAGCUGCUCCAUCGGCACUGACCAUAGACUCGAGCUCAUCUGUGAAGGUUAAAGGCCUUACUAUU